AUGGCGACUGUCAAUAUCCGUCGAGAUGUCGACGACAAAUUUUACCGAUACAAGAUGCCUCUUUUGCAGACCAAAAUUGAGGGUCGGGGUAACGGUAUCAAAACCGUUGUUCCCAAUAUGGAAGAUGUUGCAAGGGCUUUGAACAGACCGCCAACGUACCCUACCAAGUUCUUUGGAUAUGAGCUCGGUGCACAGACUUCCGAGGCCAAUGAACGAUACAUUGUCAAUGGUGCCCAUCAAGCCGACCGACUCAGGGAAUUGCUAGACGCAUUCAUCGACAAGUUUGUACUCUGUCCUUCGUGCAAGAAUCCCGAGACGGAAAUCAUCAUAUCCGGCAAGUCUGGUCGAGAGGACCUUACUAGAGACUGCAAGGCAUGCGGGGCUCAGACUCCGCUCGAUAUGCGACACAAGCUCAUCACAUACAUCAUCAAAAACCCUCCCAAGGCAAAGGAGAAGGGCACGAAGAAGGGCAAGCGAGGCGGCAUGACUGCUGAAGCCAAUGUCGGCGGACCCAUGGUGUUUGAUGCCGCUACCAAUGGCGAUGACGAGGACGGUCCAGACACCCCUCCAGCGGACAAUGGUGUGCCCACCCGUGGUACGGAUAUCGAUGCGGCCUUGGGCAGAUCCGACCCCAUUCUAGAAGAUCCCGACCAAGCCGAAGUCGUCUCAAAGAAGCUCUCCAAGCUUGAUGUCGACGACGACGAUGACGAUGAUGCCGACUCCCCAUACUCUGUGCUCGGUGCCUGGCUUGAGGACAACAAAUCUGCUGAGGACACCGAGAUCAUCGGAAAAGUAAAGGACCUUGGCAUCGUGGGAAAGCACAAGGUUCUUGUCGAGGUCGGACAUCAUUUGUUCACCAACAGCGUUGCAACUGAAGUCCCCAAGCGAACGGCUCUCUUGCAAGUUCUCUGUACUUCUGAGAAGCACCAAAAGUCCCUCCUGGGCGGGUUCGAACGUCUCUUGGCAUAUUCGCCCGAAUGCGAUUCGUUGUUGAGCUCGGGCACCACGUCAAAAAUCCUCAUGACCUUGUAUCAGGAUGACAUUCUAGACGAGGAGGUUGUUCGUAAUUGGGGAACUCACGUUAGCAAGAAGUAUGUCGAGAAAGACAAGAGUAAGAAGGUUCGAAAGAGCGCCGAGGCUUUCCUGAAGUGGCUUGAUGAGGCAGAUGACGAGAGUGACGAUGAGUAG